CCCGCGCUUUCCUGUGACGUCACGCGGAGAAGCCCUGCGCCAGAUACGGGUGCCGAUGGGAUCUGAAUGGAGAAACGUUUUCAGUCAGAUGCGGCUCCUAAGUUCUCCACCGUGGGUAUGUGAGAGUCCAUAUGCAGUGAUGUGAUCUGCCAGCCUGUGAUCUGCAUCCCCUCUCUCCUCCUGGCAGACAGUACUAUGCCUCUGGAGGAGAGACCUGUAUCCACUGCUAAAAAUGCAGAUAGGGAGCAAAGGGACAUGGCCAACAGGACCAGCAGGGGGGAACAGCCAGUUGCUGGUCCCUCAAACACACCUCAGCGGCAGGGCUUCUGCAGCUGCUGUCAGGUCCUCUAUAACAGUGUGGAACAGCACAUCCUGAGCGCUAGGCACAGGGAGGUGGUGCGGGCUGCAAGGGCAAAUGUGUCCUCUGGAAGCCUGAUGGAGAGAUUCCUCCAGGAUGUGCUUCAACACCAUCCCCAUCAUUACAAUGACACACGGCCUACCCAUGAUGACUUGCCUUGCCUGAGCACAUUACCAGUCCCAAGGGAAGUGUUGUCAGAGGUGUGCUGUGGGUCAGAGGAUGAUGGGGCGUCUGUUGGGACCCGAGAGGAGAUGCCCAGCUCUGACGAAGAAUCCUGUCAAAUGGUGCAAGCUGAAGCCACAACCACAUCCAGGAAUCAGAGUCAGCAUCAAGCAGGCACUUCUUUACCUUUGGGCAGUGGAGCAGGAACGAGCGCACAAACUGGUCUUGAAACAAGGAAAACAAGGAUGGAACCCCCAGUCCCUGAAAAGUUUUCCCCCACACAGGGAUUUUUGCAUAGGACUAGUGGCAAGUCUGCCACAGACAAACCACAUACAUCAUCACACUUGGCACAAACAGUUAAACCAGAGAGUCCCCAGACUGAACCAUCUAGACAACAAUGUAGCUCAAAACCUCUUCUUCACACCCAGCCAGGAUCCCCACAGUUUCAGCACAGGAAAGCGCACAGGAAAACUAAUAGGCAUAGAGAGAGGAGUGAUUCCAGCCCAGGUUCUCAUGCUUCACCAGCCACAAAGUGCAUUACCUCAAAAGGACAGCUUGAUCCCUCACGGACAACAAUUGAGGAGUCUGUAUUAUGGACCGCAGUGCUACCACCCUGGAAGGGUCCACAUAGGGAACAGACAUUUAGUGAGCAAUCAGACCAGAUACGAGAGGUGAUAGAAGAGGUUAUUGAGAGGUACUGCUAUUAUCGUAGUCCCAGACCUAAUCAGCAAGAGGAAGAGAGCAGUUUUCACCUCAGCUUGCAGUCAUUAAGUGAGUCCAAGGACAGUGAAGAAUGGGACAAUACCUUGCAGGUAGCAAUGGAGAAAACCACAGCUGAGGACAAACAUCUGGCAUGCCUUAUGGAGGUGCAUGUAAACCUUGAGGACCAAGGGUACAAAACCCAGCUGGACACAGCCCUGAACACUGUGUUAGAAAGUGGCCAAACAGAGCCUGGGGAAACCAAAGAGAACAAAGUAGAGGAGAUCAUUCCAGAUCUUCCUCACGUACCACAGUCUUUUGUGGGAAAGACAUGGGCACAGGUGAUGUUUGAGGAUGACUUGAAGAUAGAUUGCAUGGUGCAAGAGUUCAGACAGGGUCACUUCCGUAGUUAUUUUGACAGUGAAUCCCUGGCAGCUUUUGGGAAGCAUUGCAGGAAAAGGAAAAAGAACAGAAAUCAGGAGAAAAAGCCUGAUGAUGCUGAUUGCCAAGAUGUUAUACCUCUUAUUGAGCACCAUGAGGAGGACCCAGAACCCCCACCUGUGUUCAAGAAGACAAGGCGACGUGUAUACCGGAUGGCGUCACGCUGCCAAGUGGUAAAAGUGAGCCAUGGUACACAAACUACAUCCCCAAUCUGCCCUGUGGUGCGGAGAAAAACAUUACCUGAAGUUGGCACCUUUCUCAGUGACCCUGUGACUCAGAAGGAACCAAGCCCUGAGAGGACCCCGGAUAUGAAGACGAGACUGUGUGCACUCAAGCUUCCUGCAUCUUACUGCAGGAUUAUGACUCCUCUUCAACCCAAAACAGUAGUUUAUGUUCUUUCUUCCCCAGAUGGAGGACAGGGUAUCAAGCCCACUCCAGUUAAAAGAAUGGGAAGAAAACGGAAGUCAUGUGACGAGGAAUGUGCACUUAAAUACAAGUACAAGAAGACCCCUCUCAAAUAUUAUGAUCCCCUGACAAACAGAAUCCUCAAAACUCCACCUAAAGGGAUGUCCUCAACGGCAAGUACUAAAUCCCUCUCCCAUGUACGACAAUUAUUUCGCAGCCUCAGUCCAGACAUCAACAAGGAGCGCUACACUUCAGCACGGGGUCGGUCACCCAGAGGCUCUAGAAAGGGCCGUGGUGACGGUAGCAUGGCAGAUCUUUGUGCUUCUACCUCUGGUUCUUGCCUGGAUAGCGGCGGCCCAUCAGAACCUGACUCUUCCAUGUCUAGCAGCCGAAGGGCCUUGUUCAGCCGGUCCUCGAUUUCCAGCAGCAGUCGUUUCCUCCUGAGCCAUCUCAUGCCCUCUGCCUCUCACACAGACAGCUCCUCUAGAACACAGGCUCCUUCUCAUGCUGAUGGUUCCCUCAAGGUUGCAGGGGCCAACGUGAACGAAGACCAGGCACAGGUGGACCAUGCACCAGUCAGGCGUCGGUCUCAGAGGCAGGGAGUCAAAGAGAAACCCCUGACUCCCGCAAAGAAGCCGUCAUCACCCCCUUACAGAACUAAGAGGAGGUCUGUAAAAGCCAGGUCUAGGGCAAAGUCUAGGAGCCCUCUCCAGCGGAGGGUCAGCACCCGUGUAGCUGCGGGAGGCAGAGUGUCUCCCCGAAACAAGAAUUCAACCAGGGCUUCACCCAGAUCGUCAGCCUCUUCUAAACUGGCUACGUAACCCCCACCCGGACCCCCAACUAAAACACAGACUGAAUCCCUAUAGCACCCUAUAGGACAAAGUCUGCAGGAGAAUGGCCAUGGUGUAUAGAGAGAAUUAAAGGGGAAUUCAAGUGAUUUUUCAAAAUGUCUACAUAAACACAAUUAAAAGUUGUAAACAAAGUCAAGGUGGUUUGAUGAAAAAUGCUCCAUUCAAGUAAAACUACAGUUUUGAAUUGCUCAGAGUGGUGAUGAUAUGAACUAGACUCUUGAAGCAUUUAAUGGCUUGAAAAGCUACCUCACAGAAAGAUAUCACAUUAAAUGGUUACAAGUAAAUUGCCAAGACACAGUGUUUAUGAUUAGGUUUUGGCCUAAAACAAAUUUGUAAAAUCCAUUCAUGGUGGAGAGGUACAUGCAGGGCAUAGUGAGGCAAAAUAAUAGGUAAUUAAACUAUUUUUUUUUCCGAUUUACGGCUAUUUAAGCAUCAUCAUUGUCAAUGUGGGGACAAAACCUUGUAUCUACAUUUUUGUUGUGGGUUUUUUUUUCCUAAACACAUUGAAAAAUAAGUUAUCCUUUAUUGAUCCCACAAUGAGGAAAUUCACCUGCGCAUUUAACCCCACACACACUAGGGGGCAGUGAGCACACUUGCUCGGAGUGGUGGACAGCCCUACCCACAGCGCCUGGGGAGCAGUUGGGGGUUAGUUGCCUUGCUCAAGGGCACUUCAGUCAUGUCCUGUUAGCUCAGGGAAUCGAACCAGCGACCUUCUGGUCACAAGGCAGGUUCCCUAACCUUCCGCCCCGUCAGCUGCCCUUUAUGCUGUGUGAAAGUUUCAUAAUGAAUGGACCGAUAGAAGUAGUCCAAAAUUAUUCUGAAAAAUAUAUUUUUAAGUUAACUUCCAUUAUAAGUUAAGAAUGUUUUUUCAUAAUUUUGGAGGUACACGUUUUUCUUUUGACAGGAUUGCUAUAGAAACUCACGUGUAUUUUCACUGCUUGCUUUAGAUGGGAAAUAAAAUGGCUAUAUUUGCGUUAUAGACAUUGCAGCCCCUGGUUCCUCUCCCUACCACUGUACAGAAAUCAGAGUCAGCAAAUUUCUCUACACUGCAGCAUUUCACAUCAAGCCACUAUGAAUGAAAUAUCAACCAUAUGCUUGAACAUCAACCACUGAAUUAUGGAGAUGUUUUGAUGAAUCAGAGGAGUUCCCCUUUAAACUAGAAGGCACCAUUUUAGCCUAGGCUCUUUUGCAUAUGAGGGGCAGACAUGUAGGCGAGCAGCUGGUGUGUCUGUCAGAUGCUGUAUAAUUUUGCACAGUUGGAUUUCUAGUUAAUUUUGUGUCUGUAUUUCUUGUUUGUUAGUCAUAUCAUUCAUUUUUAUGGUUCAUGGGAAUAUUUUUUUUUAAGAAAAAGUUUUUUUUAAGUUUUUAAGAAAUAUUUUUGUCAAAAUGUUUAAAUAUUUAAUAAUUACUGGACAUUAAAGUUUUUAUUGAUUAUAUAAAACUUGCAUUGCCUUGCAUGUUU